UGGAAAGUGAGGAAAGGAGGGAGUGAGAGGAGUCCAUAUAAAGAAAGAGGAGGAGAUACGAGACCACAGUAACAGAGAGAUUCUACAAGCUGUACGUUAUACAAGAUACCGUAGUAAAAGAGGACUGGACGUGUGUCAGGAUGGCAGGCGCUGGACUGAGAGUGCGUUACUGGCUCACACUGAUCUCGGGUUUGUUCGAGUGUUUGUGCUUCGCCGGCAUCCUGUUCGGAUGGGCCUCGCUGGUGUUCGUGCUCAAGAGCGACGGCUACUUCAGCUACCUGUGUGUGAACAGUACAGUCAACGGGACCGUUACGAAAGAUUGCAGUGAGCAGGAUGAGCAGCUCUCCAUUAUCUUCACCAUCGCCUCCUUCAUGAACAACUUCUUCGCUCUGCCCAACGGGUUCGUGUUUGACCGUUUUGGCACCACGGUGACCAGACUCCUAGGAAUAUCUAUCUACACCACCGGGACCUUACUGAUAGCCUUCUCAAACGCUGCACUAUCAGUCCUCCUCUACCCUGCUCUCUCCCUUAUUGCAGUUGGAGGAAUUCUUUUCUUACUCACUAACAUGCAGGUUGGAAAUCUCUUUGGAGCCCAUCGGUCCACUAUCAUCACUCUGUAUAACGGAGCCUUCGACUCGUCCUCUGCUGUCUUCCUUGUCGUCAAGUUGCUGUAUCAAGACGGCGUGUCCCUCCGUUCCUCGCUCAUCUUCUUGUCCUGUUGCAGUGUUGUUCAUCUGAUUCGCACCUUCCUGCUGAUGCCUCGGGGACACAUCCCCUACGCUCUCCCUGAGAACUACACCUACGGGCCGGGACGUGGGGACGCUCGGACGUCUAACGAGUUGGAAAACGCCAAAGCUAAGAACAGCACCCGGAAUUACGAGGCUACAGAGACGACGCCGUUUAAAGAACACGGUUCUACCAAGACCGCCACUCCAGACAUGUCAGAGCGAAGCUUCAGAGGCUGUGUCUUCUCUUGGUUCUUCGUAUGGCAUCUGCUGUGGUUAUCGAUCAUGCAGCUGAGACACUACCUGUUCAUUGGGACUCUGAACCCCAUGCUCAACCGCCUAACAGCUGGUGACCCGAGCCUCGUGAGCAGGUACACCAAUGCAUUUGCCUUCACUCAGCUGUGUGGGAUACUGUGUGCCCCCUGGAAUGGGCUCAUUAUGGACCGGAACAAAGGAAAACCCAGGGAAAAAGGCCAGAGCGAAAGUGAGGCGGACCUGAAGGCAGCCGUAUUGUCUCUAUGCGUGACGGCGAUGCAGUGUGUGCUCUUCUCCCUGUGUGCUAGUAUUCCUCUACUACCCCUGCAGUAUCUCACCUUCAUACUACAGGUCAUCAAUAGGUCCUUCCUGUAUGGAGGGAACGCAGCUUUCAUCAGCGUGGCGUUCCCUCCUGCACAUUUCGGAAAGCUGUACGGAACAGUGAUGGCUCUCUCGGCGCUGCUGUCCGUCCUACAGUAUCCCUGCUUCUCUCUCAUCACUGGACCUCUUGGUGGAGAUCCAUUUGCCGUUAAUGUUGCUCUGACCAUCCUGAGUUGCCUGGCCUUUAUACAUCCUCUCUCUGUUUACCUGCACUGCCGGCGCCGAGCGGCUCGACGGACCAAAGCUGAUAAAACUACCUCCUCUUAAAUAGCACGUGUCCAUAAAGGGAAUGCGAUGAACCAACUUCACGGCAAAUAAAUGCUAAAAGGAGGUGGUGUUUAUAUAUGGAAAAUACUGAUGACAAUAUUGUUCUAAUGUAAACAAGGAGCAGCUAUUUUCAUGUUUAUGGAUAUUUAAGUUUUCACCGAUGUUCUGUACAAAAUGUUUUUGUUUUCUACGCUGCAUUAUAGUGCAGUAAUGCAGUACUUAAGCACCUUAUUAUUCACACACUUAAGGACAUUUUAAGGCAAUGUUUAAUUCUCGUCUAGGACUUAAAAGGGACCACUAAGAGGUCUUAAAACAUAAAGAGUGCAGUAAAAGUAGCAAGGGGCAAAGCAGUGUAUAAUGAGGUAACGGUGCUGUGGUAACUGUAGUGUGUGAUGUGUGAUGAUAUGCUGCCCCCUACAGGACAAAACAAAGUCUGCUAACUGAGCUUGUGCUGGGUUUCAGGGUUGUACUGUAUACAUUACUCUAAUAAAUAAAAAAAAGGGACUAAGUGCCUUGAAUGAAUUCAAGUUACUACAAAGCUGUUCUGGUACAGAUAUGUCAUAAUUAAAACUUUUAUGAAUCCUGGGUACUUUGUAAGCGGAAAUACUGAACGUGAGGAAGCAAAACAAAUUAUUUGUAUUUUUCCGACUUUCACAGAUUCCUAUGAACAACAUAACUGCUUUUCCACUACACUAGAACGAAUGUUGUUGUUUUUUUUUUGGUUUUUUUAAAGAUUUUUUAAAAAAUAUUCAGCUCGGACUGUUUUUUUCCCUGUCCCUAGAUGUGUCUCUGUAUGUGAUUUCACUAAAACUUAUAUAUAUAUAUAUAUAUAUAUAUAUAUAUAUAUAUAUAUA